AUGGUGAACUCACCGACAUCCGUGUCCGUCCUCCUGCUUUUUCUGCUGGUAUUCUCUCCUUCAAAUUACUCAACAGCUGCCUUCUCUGUUGGCAAAGACGGCACCCUGAACAACGGAAUGCUCCGUUCAACGCAAAAGGCAAUGGCGAGCAUCCGAGUAGUCUCAUACAAUGUACUAAGCCCCAACCUGGCCACUACUGCUAGCUAUCCCACGCUGAAUCCGGAGCAUCUCGAUCCAUCCAAACGUCUAGAGGCCGUUCUCUCCAAAAUUGAAAUUGAGAUAUCGUCAGCUAAAUCAAGAGGUGUCAUUGUCUGCUUACAAGAAGUGAGCUAUGACUGGGCAGGCUCUCUGCAUUCAUUCUUUGCUAAUCGAGGCUAUCACAUGGUAACAGGAUUAUACGGGAGACCCUUCAAUGGAUACAUGGGUGUAGCAAUGGCUUGGCCCACAUCAUCAUUUGAGACUCUGGAUGUAGAUAUAUCAAGGUUGAGCGACACUAGAGAUGGUGGAUGGCCAAGGGAACUUCCAGAGGAUGUCGAGAUUCUCAAGCAGAACAAGGCAGCAGGAUCAAAAGAAAAGCCCUGCUUUCCCUUGUUUUCGUGGCUCUUUCCAAAGAAGAAACCACAAAAGGAAGAGUGGCCACCUCUGGAUCCAUGGGAGUAUAGUGAGCGAAGGUUCAACGUUCUGCUUACGGCUACCUUGAAGCAAAAGGAAACCAACGCCCGGUUUUGUGUGGGCACCUAUCAUAUGCCGUGUGCGUUCUAUGCACCUCAGGUCAUGACAAUCCACUCCGAAAUGGCAGCAUACAGGGUUCAGCAUUUGGCUCAAAGGAAUAUUCCUGAUGCAGAGACUGAGCAAGCUACCAAGACAUCAGCGAACAGCAUGAGACUCCCUUACAUUGUUGCUGGCGACUGGAAUAUUAAGCCGCCUGAUGCUGCGUACCAACUCUUAACCACGGGGACUUUGUCGGCAGAGGACCCUGCGUAUCCGGAUCCUGCAACGAGCAAGCUGGAUGCUUCCCGCACCCUCAUGACAUGGGAACCCCGAAUAAAAGGGAUGCGAAGUACCUACGCAGCCAUUCAUGACGGCAAAGAGCCGGACUACACAAACUAUGCCGCCCCUAGAAGUCUCGAAGAAGACGACAACUGUUUCAUUGACACUUUGGAUUACAUUUUUGUGUCACCGGAAUGGAAAGUCCUUGCGACGACAGAACCGCCCAACCGGGCCCAAACCAAGGGGCCCUUUCCCAACUUGGACGCAGACGUCAGGGAACCCAGUGAUCAUAUCCUUAUCUCGGCUGACUUGGAAAUUGACACCAAGAACUAA